AUGAGUGAUUUUGAUGGCAACUUCGUGGAAAUGACGUCGUGUUGGACUCCACUGUCCACUCCUAGCCCAAGAACGAUACUGGCGAUGAUGGGUCAAACCAACGAUGGUCUGAAUCCAAUCUCUCAGAUCUUCCCUCAAACCAACUUACCAAGAGACCAUGCUGAUCAGUCCGGACAAAGACCUGGUCUCGGCGAGAGAUUAGCUACAAAAGUAGGACUUAAUCUUCCCAGACUCGACAUAGAAAACAGAAGUCCUUUGGGUGCAUUUUUCAGGAGCUCGGCUGCUCCUUCUCCUAUCGGUGCAAUCACCCCAGGAUUUAGCCCAUCAAUACUAUUGCAAUCUCCCAAAAUGGUCACUGAUUCAUCACAGAUCAUUCCUCAGUCUUUAGCCACAACUUACAAACCUGAAGAGAUGGUAAAACCUUCCGGUGAAGACAAUGCAACGGCGAUGAUAUUCAACAACGAUCUUCCUUAUCAAUCUAUAAGUGUUGAUCCGCAUCCUCUAGACGCUUUUGAUGACAUUCUAACGGAAGAGUCAAUUUAUAUGCCAUCUUAUGAACCUCAUGUUGAGCGCCCAAUUGGUGCUCCGUUUGUCCCUUCCUUUGAACCUGAGAUCGUUGGCGAUACCAAUGUCAACUUCAACUCCAUUUUGGAGAAGGAAGAUGAAGAUGAAGAGGACGAGGUAGAGAUAGAAGUAGAGGAAGAGGACGAGGAACAGGAACAGGAAGAGGUUGAUCAUGUUGACGACUUUGCUGACUUUGAUGAUGCACCUCCAUCUCCGAAGAGAAGGCGAUUUGAGGUAUCCUCAAACAUGAUUGGAGCUACAAGAACAAGCAAGGCACAAAGGAUCAUACUUCAGAUGGAAAGCGAUGAAGAUAAUCCAGAAGAUGGCUUUCGCUGGAGAAAAUACGGACAGAAGGUUGUCAAAGGAAAUCCUAAUCCUAGGAGUUACUUCAAAUGCACAGUCAAUGGAUGCAACGUGAAGAAACAUGUGGAGAGAGGAGCAGACGAUUUUAAGAUACUUGUGACUUCGUACGAUGGUAUUCACAACCAUCCUCCCCCACCUACACGUAGUAGACUCACUUCCGGUCCAAGGAAUCGGUCUGGUAUAACAAUGUCUCAAAAUCAUGGCAAUCGAACCAGUCGGGCUCCUGUUCCGUCUUCUUCAGUCAUCACAUCUAUGGAGAUGAUGCCUAUCACUUCGUUUACUCCACAAGUUGAUCUGACUCGGGUUUAUAAGACCGGACUCUCUAAACUGCCGAACAUACCAGCUUAUGAUCAGAAUCCCGAUAAUACGUACCGAAAUGAGGAACCGAUGAUGAAUGUGGCACAUGAUGGUUCAGGGAUAUACGGUGGAAUCAUGCAUCGUCUAUUUAAUGGUUUUGGUAUGAACUUUGACUUGUAA